AUGUUGAGAACCCCCUUCAGUCAAGUUGCUCGUAGAGCGUAUACUAAAUCUGCCAAACCUUUGACCAUUGGUUUGAUCCCAGGUGAUGGUAUUGGGAAAGAAGUCAUUCCUGCAGGUAAAUUGGUGUUGGAAAACCUCUCUAGCAAGCAUGGCCUGAAAUUCAACUUUGUUGACUUGCAAGCUGGCUGGCAAACGUUUUUGGAUACCGGUAAAGCGUUGCCAACUGAAACUAUUGAUAUUUUGAAGAGCGACUGUCAAGGUGCUCUUUUUGGCGCUGUUCAAUCGCCCACCAACAAAGUCGAAGGAUACUCUUCUCCGAUUGUCGCCUUGAGAAAGCAGCUGGGCUUGUACGCCAAUGUUCGCCCCGUCAAGUCUGUUGAAGGCACUAAUGAUAAACCUGUCGACAUGGUUAUUGUCAGGGAAAACACCGAAGACCUGUACAUUAAAACCGAAAGGUCCUACAUUGACGAAGCCACAGGUACCCGUGUGGCUGAGGCUAUUAAGCGGAUCUCGGAAACUGCAACCAAAAACAUUGCUAACAUUGCUCUAGAAAUCGCUCUGCAAAGGCAAAAAGUGUAUGGCAAGGCCACUUUGACUGUUACCCAUAAAUCGAAUGUUUUGUCGCAAAGUGACGGUUUGUUCAGAGAAGUGUGCAGAGAGGUGUACGAAUCUAACAAGGAGAAAUUUGGCAUUGUAAACUACAACGAACAAAUUGUGGACUCAAUGGUUUACAGAAUGUUCAGAGAGCCUGAGUGCUUUGACGUUGUUGUCGCUCCAAACUUGUACGGUGAUAUCCUAUCGGAUGGUGCUGCUGCGUUGGUCGGCUCACUCGGUGUUGUCCCUAGUGCGAACGUUGGGUUCGACUUCGUUGUUGGAGAGCCAUGCCAUGGUUCCGCUCCAGACAUCGCUGGCAAGGGGAUCUCCAACCCUAUUGCCACAAUCAGAUCCACUGCUUUGUUGUUAGAAUUUAUGGGCCACCCAGAAGCUGCUCAAGACAUCCACAAGGCCGUCGACGCUAACUUACGCGACCAGGCAAUCAUGACCCCUGAUUUGGGAGGCAAGUCCACCACGCAACAGGUCAUCGACGAUGUGCUGUCAAAGAUGUGA